GGACCAAACUCAGACAUCUGGAAACUUUUGAAACUAGAGUAAAGCUUACCAGAUGGAAAAAUACAUGAAGUCAAAAGGUUGAGAAUCAGGAAAGAAGACAACCUAAAUGGGGGAAGAAAAGCACAGCAGAGAACAGUGAAGAAGGCUUCUUGAAACGUUUGUCUGCUUCAGGGACUCUCCUCCUGAAGAGGACCUGGAAAGAAAGAGGAAAACAAAGGGAUUUGCAAGUUUGGGAAUACAAAACGGAACCUAACAGCAACAACAGGCAGGACGGAAACACAUCCUCAAGGAUGUCAGCGUCUCGCAAAUGUUUGUGCUGCGUCAAAUAUGUGAUGUUUGUUUUUAACCUCAUCUUCUGGCUGGGAGGAUGUGGAUUGUUCGGCGUUGGAGUCUGGCUGUCGUUCACCCAGUCCGAGUUUUCAUCUCUUCCUCUAUCCUUCCCGUCACUCUCGGCAGCCAAUCUGCUGCUGGUCGCUGGCGGGAUCACCAUGGUAACGGGCUUUCUCGGCUGUCUCGGGGCUCUUAAGGAGCAACGCUGGCUGUUGUUCAUGUUCUUUGUGAUCCUGUUGCUCCUUGUCCUGACAGAAAUAGCUCUCACACUGGUCAUACACAUCUUUCGAGAUCAGAUGGAUUCCAAAGCACAAGGUGAAUUAAAGGAGGGGAUGAAAAAUUAUGAAUCAGAAGUUGGAUUAAAAAAAUCUUGGGAUAAUGUCCAAAAAAUGUUCAAAUGUUGCGGCGUGACGAAUAAAACCGACUGGUAUGAAGUACUCAAUGGAACGCUGCCAUCGUCCUGCUGCUCCGUCGGGAUUGACCAAUGCACUGAUGGAUGGAGUGAGCCUUGUUACCAAAAGGCCAGGCAGUGGCUUCUGGAUAACAUUCCAUCGGUUCUGGUGUUUGGCGUGUGUAUUGGCGUUGUGCAGAUCUUGGCCCUGGUGUUCUCCAUGCUGAUGUACUGCCAAAUCAUGUGUGCUGAGAAGUAUUUGGACUGAGUGUGGAAUUGCUGAUAAUGGUGGGGCACCAUUCAAGAUGCCAAAUUACGGUUCCACUGCCAAACUGACACACGCGGCACUAGUGGUAACAUUGUGUCUUGUUAUUGGAAAAUGACUUGGGUGGCGGGGAGCUUCCAAUUGUUGAUCAAAAAGUUGUUUUUUGAAGUUUGACAAAAAGCCCUUGGAGGCUGAUCUGAACAGGUGAUGCCAAAACCCUCUUGGGCACUACUUUUCUUCUUUGCAAAUGUCAUAAAUCAAUGCGUUAAGUCUUAUCAAUAUAAUUUUAUGUUCAUCUGCUUUGGACAGAGCCUGUUAUAAUGAAUGAGAGCUCUUUCAAAAGGGGCUUAUCAAAGCCAUCCAUUUUCUGUAGCAUUGCCCUCAUUGGGAUCACGGAUGAGCUGAAGCCCAUCCCAGCUGACUUUUGUAUGUUCUUGGAAUGUGGGAAGAAGCCAGAGUACCUGCAAAAAAAAAAACAAAAAAAAAACACUGGACAACAUGCACAUUUCAAACAGGAGGGCCUGAGCCAAGACUGUGUCAACCACUUUGUCACCACGCUGCCACAUGCUGAUAAUUGAGCAAUUUAAAAAUGCUGGCUACGAGACAUUAUCAGAGGCUUAACAAACUUAUAAACUACCCAAUGUAACGCUAAUUCCACAGCUCUCCUAAAUUAACAGUAUUGUGAAAUAAAAACUGCGGAUUCACCAAUUUUUGAUUUUUUUUCUUUUUUUUUAUUAUCCAUGUGCCAAAGUUUUGUCUAAUAUAAAUUUACUUCAGUGCCAUCUCGUUGCCAAGGAACUAUGUUUGAGUACGUUGAAGACAUUUAUGACUUAUUCUGCCAACCUCUUGAGACAUCAACAGCAGCUAUUAAAAAGUCUACACACCCUUAUACACAUUUUUUUUUUUGUGUGUGCUAAGAAAAGCCCUAAGAUAUUUUUGAUCUUUUUUCCAUCACAAUGUGACCUUGAAACUGCACAACUCAAUUGAAAAUAAGAAAAAGAAAUCUGGAUAUUCAAAGUAAAAACUAACCGAGACAACAUGGUUACCCACCUUCUCAUAACUGUGGAUUUGGCUCUGUUCUGAAUUAUCAAACACAUUCAAACUCAUGUUAAAUUGGCGUCAACACACAACUGUCACCACUUAGUGUCCUUGAUUAAUCCCAAAUAAAGUCCAGAUGUUUUAGUAGGCUUUUCCUGACAUUUUUUUUUCUUUAUAGCAGAAGCCUUUUUUUAUGUUUUGUGCAUUUCCCCGCGUCCUCCACCAUGAUUAAGGUGUGUGUGUGUGUGGUUUUUUUUUUGUGAGAUAUGGCUUCCAUCUUGUCACUUGACCCCACAGCCUCGACAUAUAAACAAGACGCAAGAUGUUGUCAUGUAACUAAACAGCCAGUACUUGCCA